GCGAUCGACACCAUCUCUUCUCCUUUCCCGCACUUGAGAUUCAUGACGCAGAUGAACAGUCGUAUGAAUAUCAAAUCCACCAGAGACAACUCGCUAGAAGAGAGGCUUGCUGGUGAUCCGGUACCCCGAGGUAGACUACGCGGGGUUGGCUUCCUUCACAUGCUGAUUUAAUACCAUUCUUCUGGUUCGUUUCUGUUGGGGAUUCGAUAUGGAUCUUCUCCAUCUCCAAGUGCUAUUAGUGUGGACACUUUGUUGAGAGACACGAUCCACUCAUGGAUGGUUUUUUGUCAUGGGUCGAAAGGCUUUCACAUGUUCAGGCACAUCCUCCUGAACCGCCGAGUCCACUGGCGACACUUUUACUAAGAUGUCAAGAAUAAUAAUAUAUAAACCAAGGGUGCGGGAACCUCUCAAGAUGGAAACAUAUCCAGAUCAGAUAUUAUACCUAUCGAUUGCCUGCCUGUCAUGGAUACCAACACCAAGCCCAAUCCGAAGGAUUCAAUGAAGUCAACCUGGCGUCACCAGUCCCGAGACCAAUGGAGCGUCUACCACUGGCUUCUAGAGAUCCUCAACGCUCAUCCCAUUACCCUUGAUCAAGAAGUGCCUGUUCACACGAAAGAUGAAAAGGUUCCCUACAUGCCACAGUGGUCACUGAACCUAUGGGUGAUCUUCUACUCCUCUCUUCCGCUCCUCUUUCACCAAGCCUAUGCGUCAUAUACAGGCCGCAACCUGGGCCCGAUCGCCGUUUUCAAUCUCUAUUUCUUUGCCUUUAAUGCGACUGUCCUCUGGCAAGUGCAAAUUCUCCGCCGCCUCGGUCAUACCCUCGGUUUCUUGGAUGGCGACAAGCAUGAACGGGAUGGUGUGCCUGAUGUUGGCGUAGCAAAGGUUGUGACCUCGCUCUACAAGACGACCGGAUCUCGUCUGGUCCUGUCGACAUACUUCUCCUACCACAGAAGCCAGCUGCCAAUGGAAAUGAACUGGGCAUGGCUUCCUCUUGAAAUCGGUCUCUAUGGUAUUGUGCUUGACUUCUGGUUCUACUGGUACCACCGCCUGAUGCACGAUGUUGGUAUCCUCUGGAAGUACCACCGCACCCACCAUCUCACCAAGCAUCCGAACCCCCUACUCGCCGCCUAUGCAGACCAUGAGCAAGAGUUCUUUGAUAUGGUUGGCGUACCGAUGAUGACAUACUUCAGCCUUAAAUUGAUAGGAGUGCCCAUGGGAUUCUAUGAGUGGUGGAUCUGCCAUGAAUAUGUUGCCUUUGCUGAGGUCUUUGGGCACAGUGGCCUCCGCGCUCACAUGACAGUCCCAUCAACCCUGAGCUGGCUGUUGCAGUAUUUCGACUGUGAGAUUGUUAUCGAGGACCAUGACCUCCACCACCGCAAAGGCUGGAGAAAGAGCCACAACUAUGGCAAGCAGACUCGCCUCUGGGACCGCGUCUUUGGCACCUGCACUGAACGCAUCGAGUCUGCAGAGAGCAACGUUGAUUAUUCGACUAAAGUCAAUAUGCCUUUGUUCUAAUCGACUCGAGUCGGUUUCUCAAAAACCGGGCUGUAAAGACUUGCCAUGUUAUCAAAAGUCAUUCAACAGUUGAGACCGUGAUUCAGGCUAAGCUAGACGAUAGGCAACGUCCAUAUUCCCCAAAGAAAAAAAUGAAGGAAAAAUGAAAAAAAAAAAAA